CAGAUGGCAGGCGUGUUUGUUCCUUCCCUCACCCUCCCCCCUGCUUUUGUGCUGUUGCGUCCUGCCGGAGAGAGAGAGAACGCUGGACUGCGCUGCGCUGCGCUGCAGACUACACCUGCUCUGCGUUUGCAUGUCUUUCUUGGCCUCAUGCUUGUUCCAUGUUUGAGGACACAUUGCACGCAGGCAGGACGCAGGCGCACACCAUCUCCUCCCUUGCCCUUGGAACCGCCACCCUUCCACCUCGUUCUCUUCUCUUCUCUUCCCUUGGCUCCGCCCACCUCUGCGGCUCUGCCUCCCUUCGGCAAUGGAGGCGGCGCCUCCAACUUCUCCACCCUCCCUGGUGCUACUCUUGCUGCUGCUGCUGCUCAUCAUCUCUCCCCCUUCCAGCGCUUUCCUCUCCCCCAAGGGCGUCAACCCUGAAGUGCAAGCUCUGAUGACGAUCAAGAGCAUGCUCAAGGACCCCCGUGGCGUCCUCAAGAACUGGGACCAGGACUCCGUGGAUCCCUGCAGCUGGACCACCGUCAGCUGCUCGCCAGAGAAUUUCGUCACCGGACUGGAGGUCCCAGGACAGAACCUCUCUGGCUUGCUCUCCCCGAGCAUAGGGAACCUGACCAACCUUGAGACUGUUCUCAUGCAGAACAACAACAUCACCGGCCCAAUCCCAGCAGAGAUUGGCAAGCUUACAAAGCUCAAGACACUUGAUCUCUCCAGCAACCACCUGUACGGUGGAAUCCCCGCUUCUGUAGGCCACCUUGAGAGCCUGCAGUACUUGAGGCUCAACAACAACACCCUUUCUGGUCCAUUCCCUUCAGCAUCAGCUAACUUGUCCCAGCUCGUUUUCCUAGACUUGUCAUAUAAUAACCUGAGUGGUCCAAUACCGGGAUCUUUGGCAAGAACAUUCAACAUAGUUGGGAAUCCUCUCAUCUGCGGCACCAACACCGAGGAAGAUUGCUACGGGACUGCCCCAAUGCCGAUGUCCUACAAGCUCAAUAGCUCGCAGGGUGCUCCGCCACUGGCAAAAUCCAAAAGCCACAAGUUUGUUGCAGUUGCAUUCGGUGCAGCAAUUGGUUGCAUCAGCAUCCUCUCCCUCGCUGCCGGAUUCCUGUUCUGGUGGAGGCACCGUAGAAACCGGCAGAUCCUUUUCGACGUCGACGACCAACACAUGGAGAACGUUGGCCUUGGAAACGUGAAGAGGUUCCAGUUCAGGGAGCUCCAGGCCGCGACAGACAAGUUCAGCGGCAAGAACCUGCUAGGGAAAGGUGGCUUUGGGUUCGUUUACAGAGGGCAGCUCCCUGACGGGACUCUCGUGGCUGUGAAGCGACUGAAGGACGGCAAUGUCGCGGGAGGCGAGGCGCAGUUCCAGACUGAGGUUGAGAUGAUCAGCUUGGCGCUGCACAGAAACCUUCUCAGGCUCUAUGGGUUUUGCACGACCGCCACCGAGAGGCUGCUGGUCUACCCAUACAUGUCUAACGGAAGCGUCGCGUCGCGCCUGAAAGGGAAGCCGCCUUUGGACUGGGCGACCAGGAGGAGGAUAGCUCUUGGCGCAGGGAGGGGGCUGCUGUACCUGCACGAGCAGUGUGACCCCAAGAUCAUACACAGGGACGUCAAAGCAGCCAACGUCCUGCUAGAUGACUGCUGCGAGGCCAUCGUUGGUGACUUUGGGCUCGCGAAGCUCCUGGACCACCGGGACUCGCAUGUCACCACUGCGGUGCGAGGCACCGUCGGUCACAUCGCGCCCGAGUACCUCUCCACUGGCCAGUCGUCUGACAAGACCGACGUCUUCGGGUUUGGCAUCCUGCUGCUGGAGCUGGUCACUGGUCAGACCGCGCUGGAGUUCGGGAAGGCAGCAAACCAGAAGAAGGGAGCCAUGCUUGAUUGGGUGAAGAAGAUGCACCAGGAGAAGAAGCUGGACGUUCUGGUGGACAAGGGGCUGAGGAGCAGGUACGACGGGAUCGAGAUGGAGGAGAUGGUGCAGGUGGCGUUGCUGUGCACGCAGUACCUCCCCGGCCACCGGCCGAAGAUGUCGGAGGUGGUCCGGAUGCUGGAAGGUGACGGGCUCGCAGAGCGGUGGCAGGCUUCGCAGCGCGCGGACUCGCACAAGUCCUUCAAAGUGCCCGACUUCACUUUCAGCCGCUGCUACUCCGACCUUACCGACGACUCGUCAUUGCUGGUGCAGGCCGUCGAGCUGUCCGGCCCAAGAUGACACCAACCACCACCACCGUCAGUUUGCACUUGUACAGCAUAAGGACCGAGAAUCAUGUGUAUAUUGCCAUAUUGGAGAAUAAAAUGAGCCAUGUUAGAAUAACUAUAGUGUGUAUUAGAUAGAUGAACUGUACAAAAGAAGAGCGUAAGGUUUGUACAGGUUUGGAUAUUUACAUAUUUCUAGCAGUUGAGACAGUAAUACCAAGUAGACGAGCUUUUUACUGAACCGGAAAGCUUUUGCUUGUGUUGUCAGGUUCUGUUGACCCUUCCCUCUAUAUCCGUUUCCUUGCUGUAUAUUUCCAGAGUGCAAAAGGUUCUGAAAUCUUAUAAAGUCCUUAGUUGA